AAGCUCGCUCUCCGCACACACUCUCACUCAUUCUCCUUGACACACACACAGACACUACCUCAUUAUCUUGCAUGUGAUUGAGGCUAUUUCUCUCCGUCCCGAGCAGAAACCUCUGUGCUAUUCUUACACAGCUGCAACGUUGCUCCAGCUUCUGUUCUCAAAGGGGACGGACAACAAACCGGUGCUUUUCUGCGUGGCGUGUCAUUCCGAAUUCUAGUGGGACAUCCCAACCAUGGAGGACACUCUCACUUGUACUCCCACCACCUUUUCCCAGGUCUUCGGCCGCCAAGGACAGCUGAUGCAAGCUACUGUGCAAUCUCUGAACAGCCUGAACGACCAGAUCGCUCACUUCAUGGUGAACAGACCCAAUGCCAUGAGCCACAAAGAGGACACUUUUCUGCCCACCGAGAGGGAUACUUUGAGCCAAUCCAUGGCUCUAAUGAGACACCUGCUCAUGGAUGCACAGGGCAAAAUCCUGAAAAUGAUGGAGGACAACAAGCAGCUGGCUCAGCGGAUUGAUGGGGCCAUCCAGUCAGCCAGCCAGGAGGUGACCAACCUUCGCUCAGAGCUCUCCGCAACCAGCCGCAGACUGGCCGAGUUGGGGGCGUGCAACCCUCUGGGCCUGGAGAACAACCAGCAGAACCACCAUCACCACCUCCACGAUCCUUCGGUCCACCACCGGCAGAAAGCAGUGGUUUCUGAUCUCACUUUCCAGACAGGCAUGUCGAGCUUGAUGGACUUCGGAACUCCAGAUUCUUCACUUGACAAAGUGUUGCUGAGGGAGGAGGUGGCUCAGUUGCAGGAAGAGGUGCACCUCCUCAGGCAGAUGAAGGACAUGUUGAGUAAAGACCUGGAGGACUCGCACGGCGGCUGCUCGGCCGACACGCUCUCCGCCGCCGAGCUCAAGGUGCAGCUGGGGGAGAAGGAGCAGGAGCUGGAACGUGCCAAGGAGGCCUUACAAGCUAUGAAGGGUGAUCGGAAGCGGUUGAAGGCAGAAAAGGCUGACCUGGUGAACCAGAUGCAGCAGCUAUACACCACACUGGAGAGCAGAGAAGAGCAGCUCCGAGACUUCAUCAGAAACUAUGACCAGCACAGAAAGGUGACGUGCAUUACCUCAUUUGUGUGUGUGUGUGUGUGUGUUGUUUUUGUACCCCAGGCAAAGCAGUCUCUGGCCACCCUCACUAAAGAUGUGCCAAAGCGUCACUCUCUGGCGAUGCCAUCGGAGCCGGUGGUGAACGGCAGUCAGGAGUGGGUGAUGCAAGCAGACCUUCCCCUCACUGCGGCAAUCAGACAGAGUCAACAGACCCUGUACCAUUCACACCCCGCGGACAGGCAAGCUGCUUUGAGGAUCAGUCCCUGUCACUCCCGCCAGCCCUCCAUCAUCUCUGAUGCCUCGGCUGCCGACGGCGACCGCUCAUCCACCCCGAGCGACAUCAACUCGCCCCGCCACAGGACUCACUCCCUCUGCAAUUCCAUGGAGGACCUCGAGGACCAGAAGCGUAAGAAGAAGAAGGAGAAGAUAAGUCUCGGCUCACUUUCUCGAGUGUUUGCCCGGGGAAAAUCUCAACGCAAGUCCUUGGAUCCGGGCCUGUUUGAUGACUCAGACAGCCUCUCCAGCCAGAACCAUCCCAGCCUAUCAGAUGGUGAGGAGCAGCUGGAGCGGCUGCAGCAGGCGGAGCUAACACGAAGCAAGCCCAUGUCUCUGUGGAGGGCAGUCACUGUGCAGGCCUGGCUGGAGGUUGUCAUGGCAAUGCCCAUGUACAUGCGUGCCUGCUCAGAGAAUGUCAAGAGCGGGAAGGUGUUGCUGGGGUUGACCGAUGAGGACCUGCAGCUGGGUUUGGGCAUCAACAGCCCCAUGCACCGCAGGAAGCUCCGUUUAGCUAUUGAGGACUACCGAGAAGCAGAGAAUGGACGAGGGCUUUCGAAAGCUGCUGAUAUGGAUCAUCACUGGGUGUCUAAGACCUGGCUGAGUGAUGUGGGGCUUCCCCAGUACUCACAGGUCUUCCACAACCAGUUAGUGGAUGGCAGAGUACUGAACUCUAUCACAAGGAGAGACCUGGAGACCAUCUUUAACGUCACCAACAAGUUCCAUGUUACCAGCAUCCUGUCAGCCAUUCAGCUUCUGCAAAUGCUCAACUUUGACAAAGAGACUAUACAGGCACGUCGUGCUCAGUGUGAAAAUCGAGAUCUGGAUCCGGUGGUCUGGACCAGCCACCGUGUCAUUAAAUGGAUCAGAGACAUUGAUCUUAAGGAAUAUGCUGACAGCCUUCAGAACAGCGGCAUCCAUGGUGCAGUGAUGGUUCUAGAUCCGACCUUCAGCGCUGACACCAUGGCCAAGGCUCUAGACAUCCCCAGCAAUAAACACAUGAUCCAUCGUCAUCUAUACGAGGAAAUGAAAGUGCUUCUCAAUCCAGCAAGAACUAACCAGGCUCAGGACUACAGGAAAGAGGGGACUCCUACACAUUCUCCUGUCUCAAACUGCCACAAAACUGAGGAAGGAUUCUCUCCCAGGCAAAAAGUUGGCAAGAGCCCUUUGAGAUUCAAUCCACUGGUCACUGUUGGGAGAGACUUGACUUUUCAAGGCGGCUGUGGAUCACCACCCAGAGAAGAUCGCAUCAAGAUCCUGCAGAGAACCAAGGGCAGUCCCAUGCACGGUUACUCAAGCAUAGAGAUCACUAAUGUCUGAGGGCAAUGGUUUGUGUUUGCCUCGGAAGAUUUAGGAAGGAUGAAUCUCCCCUAACCUCUAAAUGGACCAAAUGAGCUCAGUUAUUUGUAAAAGGGUUUGAGAAUUGACCAUUUGCACUUUCGAGAAUUUUGUAUUGGCACUUAAUUAGAAAUGUUAUAGACAUGCUGCAUUAAAAACCAAAUAUUUAGUUACUAACAUAAUACAUAGAUGAACUUGUCCUGAUUCCUGUAAAUUUCAGUCAGAACUGUAGGUAUGCAGCUAAAAAUCAAUACCACAUGUCCAGAUGUCCAUUCCCUGUAUCAAGGUCAUCACAACACUGUGCUUGUUUAAGGUUACAGAAAAUGCUGGAAUGAGGAAUAGAGCUGUGAAUAUAUUGUGAAAACAAUUGAAUGCCUCAGUGAAGUCUUUUCUUUGUUUUAAUACAUCUGUUGCCAUCUGCUAAGAUGUUUGUGUUUUCACAAACCUCAUUUGCAUAUAAAAUUAAAAGCAACCACUACUUUAGUAGCAAAGUAGUGUGGAUAAUAGAUUAGUCUCAUAAGGAUCACUCCAGUUUAAUUGAAAUGAG